AUGACGUAUUCAUCUUUUUACUAUUUAUCCUUUUUACCGGCGCAGGGUCUAGCCUUUGCUUCGACCGUCACUACAUACAUAGCCUGCUACUUUCGACUCCCAACUCCCCAAGAUAACCUAAACACCGUUCCACCUUCGACCUCCCUAGCCUCAACCACCAACACCCUCGCUCGCAUCAGACGAACUUCUUCUCAGCUCAGUCCAGUUGUCUUGCCCUCCAAUCGAUUGUGCCCACUACCAAUGGCCCGAAAGUCAAGCAGGAAAUCACAAGCUACUCAAGCCAAAGACAUUGACACUGAACGCGCUCGCUUUGAGAUUCUCCACGCCGAUCAUAAGGAUGCAGCCGAGUUAUUUGAUGAUCUUUUAGAAACUGCUGGAUUGGAAAAGGUCCGAGAACACAACAACCAACUGGACCGUGUUUUUCAGCUUUUGAAACUGGACCAGCGAGAUCAAGGACGUGUCACAAUGCUCUGGAAGGACUUUACCUCAGGUCGACAGGGAGGCUUUGCCCACCUCCAGGAGAGACUCAAACUCACCGAUGAAGCUGAUCAAGACAAAAUCACUACACUGAUCCGGUGCGCUCACUUCGUCCGAUUCCCCUCGCUCAAUCCUUCUGGAUUGUCGAAUGAAGAGAUGCUUGCUGCAACUGAGGGCACCACCCCUCCCACCAAAAAAAAGGAACUCAGCGGGGCUGACAAAGCCGCUUGGUCAACCGCAAUCGUCCAGAAAGGCUUCGGAGCAGAAUAUAAGGGACACGAUCUUAUUGUUCUCCCAACCCUGAAAACCCUCAGAGAAUUUGCAGGCCUAUGGCAGCAAAAUAAGUACAAGGCACCCUACACUUCGAUUGUCGGCCCGACCAUGAGCGGAAAAACUCGAUUACUCAAGGAGCUUGCAGCCCACGUGUGUGUAGUCUACAUCUGUCUCCGAGAUCAGAAAUCCACUGGCCAGCCCCCUCGUUCCAAAAUUGCAAGUUACUUCUUCCCACCAGAGCCACCAGAUUCAGGCCUGCUCGACCACUAUACUCACUUAUUGGCUGCAAUCCUCAACACGGUUUCUAAAUUCUUUUCAAGGCCGGAUAUACUUCAAAAGGACUUCAAAGCUCGAUUAACUGAGUGGUUUGGCUACAGUUUUCAAAUGGACUCAACCUUGAAGAAUGAAUAUAACGCCGACGUCGAAAACGAACUGAAACAGCUGCGGGAAAGUCCCUCAACGCCCGCCGAAUCUCUCAUCGCUGCGGUAAAAAAGGUGUCUAAAAGGCUUCAAUACAAAGAGGACGGAGGGCUCAGGGUUCUGCUGGCGAUAGACGAGGCCAGCAACUUGAUCUAUCCCAUUGACACACAGCUCGAGAUUUCAUACUUUCAUGUGCUUUGUCGGGCUUUAUCAGAAAUACCUUCCUCAAAUGGGGUCUUUGGCCUCUUCACCGAUACAACCUCGCGGGUCGCCAACUUCAACCCGGCCCUGAGUCGAGACAACAGCGCAAGGCACCACGGUCUUGGCUAUCAAUUAUUUGCGCCAAUCUACCAAAUCUCAUCAUUUGAUGUGUUUGUCCCAAAAGCACCGCCGAGCUCAUGGAAUGAAUUGCUAUCGCCAGAACGGCUCUUUAGCUAUGGCUGCCCAUUUUAUGGGCUUUAUUUCAAGGAAAUAGUGAAGGAGAGACCAGAGACGGCCGUCGAAACCACGUCGUUGAUUGCCGAGACAAAAUUACUGCUGGACAGUCCAUCGGCUUCUUCAGAAUUGUCUGAAUCGCAAUGUUUUGCCAUACUGGGCUCGUUGAUCCAGACCCGGCUGACCUUACAUUCGCCCAUCAACUCGGAACUUGUUGCAAGUCACGCAGCACAUUGCAUGUUCAUUGAUUCAAAUCGAGAAUUGAUUGUCAGCGAGUAUCCCCCGCAGUUCGUCUAUGCUUCAGCGGCCAACCGUGUUCUUGCAUCCAACGAGACACAUUGGAUCAAGUGUAUCAAUGUUCUUACUUCUGCAGUGCAAAAAGGACUCGUUGCCCUCGGAGACGCUGGAGAGAUGGCGACCAGAAUAAUAUUGAUACACGCUAUGCAGAAAACCGAGGCAAUUCCUUGUGACACUACCGAUAUGAUCCCCAAUGGAUAUUCAGUGCGAUUGAAAGAUUUCCUCCACACCUUGAGCGGGAAAGACCCACGUGAAAUGGAGUUUGGCUACAAAGACAACAAAACGCAACCCUUGGGCAAAGACAACAAAACACAACUCUUGGAAAAAGGGCGAAUAUUUUUCAACCACUUUACCCGAAUUUCAUACACGCCCAGCGCAGCCGACUUUUUGGAGCUUUUGUACCGAGGUGUUGCGGUUCAAUGCAAGAGUAGGCAACCUGGACUUGACGACCUUUUUCCCAUCUAUCUUGCACCCCCCACAUCUGAAUCUCCAGAGCUAAACCGCAGAAACAUCACCUUUUGUGGUGUUCAAACAAAAAACCAGGCAGGUUACGUUGACUGGAAGCAGAGUCCCAACUGGUCAAAAAGUUAUGCCAAUAUUGAAGGCAUUGAAAAUCCCUAUCUCAUUCUGUUAUUCAGCUUGAGAACCGCUAGUCGUAGUGUCACGCCAUGGACAAAUCCGACAUCCAAUGACACCGGAAGAGUUUCUUACCAGUUUCUUGGUCUCGACGAAAUCAACUGUCUUACCCCUAACAUACGCUCUGCACUAGAGCGGUUGAUUACCGCAAUACCGGAUGACUUACUGAAGCUUCACAAUCAACCUGCUGAGGUGACCAAACAAUGGCUCAAGCAAUUGCACCCAGUCUUCUAUCCCAGGGCUCCUGAGCAACUGACACCUGGGGUACCUGCAGCAUCCCAACAACAACGCAAACGUCCCAAAACCGGUUCAAAAGGGAAGAAAAAGCCAAGGUCCCAAGGUGCAUCCAAGCGAACCUGACAAAUCUUUCCAAUUGGUCUGCAGCUCAGACACUCCCUCCCCCCGUUGGCUUUGGACAACCCUUUGCAUCAAGUCUCAACUCUUACCAAUCACUUCUGCUUUCAUCAAAUUCUCUUGCUUCUCUCUCAUCUUCUGCACUAUUCUUCUUUUCUUUGAACUGUCUCACUCUCUCUUUUCAACCUCCUUGUUCAUUUCUUUUAUCAGUCUCAAAAUAACUCAUUAUUCUCAUUCCAUUUUAUUAUUCAACAUGCUGCAUUUAGU